CGACAUUUGAUGCGACAAAAGUUGUUUACAUUUAUUUUGCGGUUGUUAUGUUCUUUAUUUCAACUUUUGUUAGUAGAUGCCCUCUACAUUAUAGUUCAAGAAUCAGUUCAUGACAAUGCUGAAUCAGAUGUCAGAUGCUUCUGUGCUAGAGCAGCAUAAAGAGAAUAUACAGCCGUUGCCUGGUGGAAGAUACGGUUCGAAAUUGGCCAACACUUUAAGUCAAACCUCUAAAUCUGUCACGGUCCACAAAGAUCAAAUCAAACGGGAAAGAGAACAACAUGAAAGAAUACUAAGACAACAUGAAGAGUUAGAUGAUCCAUUGCAAGCAUUCAUAGAUUAUAUCAGUUGGACUCAUGAAAACUUCACUCAAGGAAAUAAUGCCGAAAGUGGGUUAUUAACUUUACUUGAACGAUGUACAUCCUGUUUUAGAGAUGCAAGUCAUUAUAAGAAUGAUCCUCGUUAUCUUAAAGUAUGGCUUGAAUAUACUAAUUAUUCAGAUUCACCACGAGAUAUAUUCGUUUAUCUUGCUAAGAAGGAAAUUGGUAAUCAAUUGGCUCUUUAUUAUGAAGAAUUUGCUGAGUAUUUGGAAAUCAAUGGAAAGAUUACUGAUGCCGAUGAAAUAUAUCAAUUGGGGAUUAAUUCUAAAGCUAGACCGUUGCAAAGACUUGAAAGAUCAUAUCAAUACUUUAAGAAGAGAAUUGAGAAUAAUUCAAAUGCAGUUAAUAAUAAAAGAAGUGGUUUAGAGAUUACUCAAGGUAAAUCAACUCAUGAAUUUCAAGAUGGGUUUAGAUCUGCCAAACGUCCUAGACUUGAGAUAUAUAAGGACGAUUCAGAUAAUGAUCAAAGCGUAUUGAAAUCAAUUUUCAAUGGGGAAACAGCUAAUAAUGACUUGGGUAGUAUAAAGUCACGUAUAAAGGAAAAUACUCUUCCUUCUAAACCGUGGUCAGGUGAAAUUCUUAAACAAAGAAAUAAUUCAGAUAGAAUACUUCCCCCUUCUUCAUCAUCUUCAUCAUCUAAAUUCCAAGUAUUUCGUGACCAAGAAAAUGAACAUCAAUACGAACAAACUACUCAGACAAUAUUGGAAGACAAAUCAGGUCUUCUGUUUACUCUUAUAAAACAUCCUGGUAAAAGAGCUGAACGAGUUCUAAUCAAUCUAGAUUUAUUAUAUUUAUCAGAUGAAGAAAUAUCCAUAGAAGAAAUGUUAGCAAGAACACGAUCUGUUAACAGAACCACAACUUUGCAAUCACAGCCAUACAAUAAUAUAGAAGAUAAUAAUACAUUUGUAAUACCGUUGAAAGAUGAAGAUGAUUCCACAUUACCCAAUAGACCAAAUUCUCCAACUAUGACAAUGUUCUCCAGACAAGCCAAUCAAGAAGUAAUAAAAUUAUUCAAUGAAGCUGCCAUAAAUUUAAACUCUGAUGAUGAAAUUGAAAGAAUGGAUGUUGUGGACUCCACCAGUACAAAUUACGAUGGAUUUGUGACUGAAACCAUUCAAGUACAAGAAGUAUUAAAUAAUAAUAAUCAUAAAUCAAACUUACCUUCCAUAGAAACUCCACCGACGGAUAAAGAAGAUGAUGGGAAUGUUCAAAGCUCUCCAUUUAUAGAACAACCAAUGUCAGAUAACAUGAGUGUACAAAUCAUAAGUAAUUUCAAUAAUGACUUGAGGAAUAACUUGAUCAACAAAUUGAAACUUCCUUUAGAUGCUUAUCCAGGCUACUCUAAUUCAAAUUUCAAAGUUUCAAAACUCCACAAAUUAUUGGAAUUAACUAGUCAUGAUAAAAAAUCCAUCAAUAAAGGUGCUAAGAACUCAAUUAUUGAUUUCUGUGGAGAUGAAAUAUAUUGCUUAAGAUAUGAGCUAGGUAAAGGUGGUUUUGGAGUGGUCUACUUAAUUGAAGCAGGCUCUACUGGUGAUCUUAAAGCUCUUAAAGUUGAAUCACCAUCUUCGAAAUGGGAAUUCUAUAUUUUAAACCAAAUACAUCAAAGACUUCAAAAAAGACAAGUUGAAGAUGAAAAAUUGUUUAUUAAUCCAUUGGAGCUCUAUACUUUCCAAGAUGAGAGUUAUUUGAUCAUGGAUUAUUGCUGCCAAGGUACGAUCUUAGAUGUUGUCAAUCAUUUUAAAAAUAAACACAACUCGGCAGUUGAAGAAGUUAUAUGUAUUUAUCUAACUAUUGAACUCCUAAAGAUGGUAGAAGUGUUGCAUAGUAUAGGCAUUCUCCAUGGUGAUUUGAAAGCUGACAAUUGUAUGCUUCGAUUAGAAGCUGAUGAUCAUUGGAGUGAGCAAUACAAUAGAUAUGGGUUAGACGGUUGGUCUAAGAAAAGUCUAACUUUAAUAGACUUUGGAAGAUCGGUUGAUCUCGAAUUAUUUAAUGAUAAUGUUCAAUUCCUCAGUAAUUGGAAAACUGAUCAACAAGAUUGUCCCCAAAUGAAUAAAGGUGAACCUUGGAGUUAUGAAGCUGAUUAUUAUGGAAUCGCAAGCAUCAUUCAUACAAUGCUUUUUGGAACAUAUAUUAAAAUAAAGCAAUUAACUAAAAUAGAGUUGGAAGCUCCUUUAAAGAGAUAUUGGCAACAAGAGCUUUGGAAUACGGUAUUUGACUUACUCUUGAAUCCAUAUAAGGAGUCGGAAGAGUUUUUAAUAAGGAAGCAACCAUUAUCAGAGAAAUUAAUCUUAUGUAGAAGAAACUUUGAAACCUGGUUAGAAGACAAUUGUAAAAAGAGAAUGUUAAAGAAAUACUUACAAGAUUUAGAGUAUGAUUUAAAUUUGAUGAAUAAAAAACGAAUAGGUUGAUUAUUCAUUGGUUUCAUGUAAUGAUAAAUAGAUUUAAUG